AAAUUUGAUUUCAAGUGUCGAUAGUACAGAAGCUGAUCAGCUGUAAACUAAAUACGUCAUUUUCGUCUUUUUUAAGAGCUAUUUAUAUUUACUUAAAAUUAAUAAUUGUGUAAGUUUUUAAAUUUCAGAUUAUUCAUAGACACUAUCAUUAAAAAUAGAUAAUGUCAUGUAACACAUGUCAAUCAAAAUUUUCAUUAUUUCUACGAGAGCAUGCUUGUCCGAACUGUGGCUUUUCAUAUUGUAAUAAGUGCCUCAAGUAUAAAUGUGAUGUUCCUAAAGUCGGAUUGAAGAAAGUCUGUGGUCGAUGUUUCAGUAAAAAAAUGGAUACGAAAACUGAAGAUAAUAAUUCAAUGGAUCAACAAACAAUUCUAAAUCAAAAUAGUGAAUCAUUAGCACCUGUGGAUAUCACAAACAAAUUGGAUUCGUUGGAAAAUCCAGCAAAACCUCCGAUCGUAAUGUACGCUCACGGAAAACAUUGGGACAAAUUAAAGACUGGAUUAGAGCCAGCAGAUCAAGAAAUUGUUGAUCGUUUGAGAAAAUUGAAAGAUGAAGAUACAAAAACUUCACCCCCGAGUGUUGAAGAUAUUAAACGAAGAUUAGCUUUGUUGAAAGAUCAAAAUCCCGAUGUUUCUGAUAAACCGAUAAAUAUACACUAUGUUGAUAAUAGAAGCGACCAAGAGAAGACAGAUGAUUUGAUAAAGGAAUAUUUGACCAGAUUGGAACUAGCGGCACGUAAUGAUCCUAUAGCUGAAAUUCAGUCUCGACUUAAUUAUUUACACGAUCCUCAGCCGUCCACAUCUUCGUCGAGUAUCCACAAUGCCUAUUAUGGUGAUGAGGACGAAGCAGCGAUUACUAAAAGGAUAAUCAAAAAAGCUUUAGCCGAAGCUGCACUGGAAAAGAAAUAUGACGAUGUAGAUGAGAUAGAGGACAUGGAAGUGGAAACUGCACACAUGAGCACGGACGACGAAGAUGAAGCUUGUGUGAUGUGUGAUCAAGCGUCGGAUUUAAUACGAUGUCAGGGAUGUCAUAAUGAUCUUUAUUGCACACUCUGCUUCGCGGAUAAUCACGACGACUUCGAACUGGGAAGUCACACGGUUGUUCCAUUCAGACCGAAGAAGAAGUCAAGCUAAAAGUAAAUAAUCAACUUUUUUUUGUUUCUUUAUAAUUAUUAUUGGUACUUUUUAAACGAUAUUUUUUUAAACAAGAUUUAUAUAAUAUUUAUCUCAGGACAUUACUUUAUUUGUACAGCUUUUAUAAUACACUGCGACUUAUUUGUGAUAUUAAUUAGUAUUCGUUGAAAGGACCAAAAUGUAGAAUCGAAUUUUUACUAAAUUGCACUUUUUAAUGUCUUUAUUGUUUAAGUAAGUCAUCACAAUUAAUGCGAGAUGACAAUUUUGUGUUUCGAAAUAAAAUCGAGAGAAUAAAAUCUGUAACAUCAAA